GAGAGGGCUGCCAUUUGUCCACCGAACAUCACGACACACAUGUCGCCACCACGACGACAACAUGAGAAUUACACCUAUUCACGUAUUGUUGGUCCUGGCGGCUGCCUGUGUCCCGGCCCUCUGUGGCUCAGAGGAGCCCGUGGCCCCGGUGGAGACCCGCUCCCGCUUUGCCGCUCUGGACGAUGUGCGUCUCCUGGCUAACGGCCUCCUCCAGCUGGGUCAGAGCCUGCGGGAGUUUGUUCAGAAGACAAAAGGACAGAUAAACGACAUCCUCCAGAAGAUCAACAUCUUUGACCGCUCGUUUUACCAGCUCUCAGUGCUUGCCAAUGAAAUUAAAGAGGAAGAAGAGGAACUGAAGAAAACUACGGUGGUGCUGAAAGCCAACAACGAUGAGAUCAAGGGCCUGUCUAUUGAGAUCAACUCCAAAGUGGACAACAUCCUGCAGGAGAAGAGCCGUCUGCAGGACAAGGUGGAGGGACUGGAAGAGAGGCUGAGCAGCCUGUCGCACGGCCUGCUGACAGGAGAACAAGUGGCAGAGAUCAACGGCCUCAGGGAGGUGAUCCACAGCCAGGAGCGGAGCAUCACAGAGCUGCUGAAGGCUGUGAGGGAGCAGAGCGAUCAGCUCAACCACCAGAGGGUUCAGCUCAAGACUCUGGAGGAAAAGUUUACAGUCAACACAUUGGCCCAGGAGACCAUUGAGAGGAUGCCUGAAACCUACAACAAUGAAGCACCAACACUCACCCCUUAUUUGACCUCAAACUUUAACAACGACAUGACGAAGCUGCCAUUGGACUGCAGUGACCUGUUCAACGGAGGGGAACAAGUCAGUGGCCUCUAUGUCAUCAGACCCACCGGAGCGGAGCCCUUUAUGGCUUUUUGUGACAUGAGCAAAGAUCAUGGAGCCACAGUCAUCCAGCGAAGAAACGGCGGCUCAGUAAAUUUCGAUCAAAUCUGGGAGAAGUAUGAAAAUGGGUUUGGAGAUUUUCAAGGGGAGUUUUGGCUCGGUCUCAGAAAGAUCCACUCUCUGGCCGCUCAGGGAAACUCCGUCCUUCAAAUCGAGCUGGAAGACUGGAAACAGGACAGGCGCUUCAUAGAAUACAGAUUUAACCUUAAUGGCCCUGAGAGCAACUACACCAUUCACCUCACGCAUCUGUCUGGAGAGGUGCCGGACCCCAUGAGCAACCACUCUGGCAUGAUGUUCUCCACCAAGGACAGGGACAAUGACAACCUCCAGGGCUUCAACUGUGCCCAAGACUACACAGGUGGAUGGUGGUACAACGCUUGCGGAGAUACCAACCUAAAUGGGAGAUAUUUCCACAUGAGACCCAAGGGGCGCUCGGAUCGUAAGAGAGGGAUUCAAUGGAGGCUGGGCCGAAAGGCGUCUUACUCCCUCAAGUUCACCCAGAUCUCUGUACAUCCUGUGUCUCCCCCUAGCACCAUCUCCACCACUUCGGCCUCCUCUGAAGCAGGGGUCUUUCACCACCUGCAUCAUUCAGUAAAUAAACAUUAACAGUGACCUCUCCAUGAGCUUUGGCAAUGCUUCAUGUGGCAGCCGUGGUUUAAGAAGGCUUGUGCAGAAAGGAAGAUGUUUUUCUCCAAGUGACAAGCAUGCUUAACUGAGGAAGCUGAACAAAUGUAUAACUGCCUGCUAGGAUCAUCUUUAUAAUACUCUUGCAUUGUGAAACCUCAAAGUUAGCAGUUACAAUUUAUCGUCACUCAAUGUAUCUCAGAGGACAAAGGUUAUGGAGAAGAAGUUAAAACAUACAGCCAUAUUUAAGCAGUUUUUAUAUUGGGUCACAUUGACUCUCAGUAUAGGUUAACAUACAGUAGGGGGACGGACCCCUUAAAUGGAUCACAAGAUACAAUCUAAGGAGAGAAUUAGCAGGAUGAGAAAGACUGCUACAGAAUUGAUCUUACUAAAACUUCUUUAAGGGGUUUUUUGUCUUGUGAAAUACUGUACAGAUCAUAGAAAUAUGAGGAAACGCACAUGUAACUAUUUUCCCAGUUCAUUUGAGUAGAACAAAUGAUGGCGAUUGUUAGGAAGACUGGCUAGUUAGCUUUGCCUUCUCUGGAGGGAAAGGUAUUGAGGUGGAAGGAAUGUUAAACCUGAUGGACACAGGCCUGCUGUUCUGUUCAGCUCAUCUUCUGUAACAAACAUAACAUUAAAGCAUUGUUAAAUUACUAGCUAGCUAAUCAAUUAAAAGAACAAAGUUAUCACACAUCUGGGGAUAUCAAUGUGCCUUCCUGUGAUAAGGGUGUGUCAAUGAUACAUUUGUUGUUGUAUUGGACUCAUUUACUUUAACUCUCUAUACUUUAUAUUGUACUAUUCCAAGCUCUAGUUGUGUAGUCAUCAUUACUGCACAACCUCAGUUCAGUGAGUCUGCACCUUGCCACACUUUUGUUUAUAUGGAAGUUUAUACGGAAGUUAGCUUGUUGCAGUGACUGCAAAACCGGCCCUCGCACUGACCUUCCUACCAGUGGACUUGACAUGGCCAUUCUAGUCCUAUUCUAUUGUUAUGGUACAGAGUCAACUCCUCUGGAAUCUUAAACAUUAUUUAAUAGUUACAAGGGCUGAAUUUAAUGAUUAUUUCCUCGAUUAAUUGUUUAAAAAACGUCGAAAAAUAUUUAAAAAAAGACUAUAAUAACUAAUGUGACAACGUCAGGUCCAGAGUCCAAAACAUCAAAGGAUUAGGCCAUUUAUGAUAAGAAAUGACCUAAGUACCUAAUCAAUCGUCAGGAUAUUUGCUGACAUGACAUCCCGAGCAGAUAUUGUUUUAUUUUCACAGGUCAUUAGGCAAAAAAGGUUGGGAACCAUUUCCAGAUAAAAAACACUCAUCUUUACUGUUUUUGAUUCUUUGAGGUGUGGAUAUCUGUAACUGAAAACAUAACGAAAACCCAGAUUUUACUUCUAAAACAUCCUAUUUGUCAUUAUGGACUAAUUUGGGGGUUACCCCAUCAGAGCUAGGGCCUUAGAUUCUAACUGUUUUGCAGUCACUGCAACAAGCUAACUUCUGUAUAAACUUCCAUUUAAACCAAGCUGUGGCAAGACUCAGGCACAGAAUGAUCUUUCUAUGUCAACAGAGAUCUGACACAGAGUAGUGUCAUCGUUGGACUAAAAACACUGACUUUGUUUUUAUGUGAAAGCAUAGUAAAUGAUUGACUAUGGCAUGUUAACUAUUACUCCUUUCUAAAUCCGGGAUCAUUGUGAUGUCCAACUAUUUUGUGCUCGUUGUUACAGCCAAUAAUAAACUCUAGAGGGCAGUGUUGUUCUGUCUUUGCUUUGUAAACAGA